GAAAAUUCCUGCUUCGUUUGCAAGAAACGCCAUAAUACUUUACUGCAUAUUUAUGAGAUUUCUUCCCCGCCUCCUACCUCCUCAGUUUCUACGAUGCCAAGAGCCGAUCACACAUCUGUCUCGCAAAUGAAUGAUUUAUUCCCACAAGAACAUUCUAACCCUUUUCAAAUUAUUUAAUAUCAAAAAAGAAGCAAAAUAUUAUCUUGCCUACUGCAGUUGUUUAUAUUAGAAAUUAAUUAGGAGACUAUUAUCCAUGCAGAGCGAUUUUGGAUUCCUCUUCUCAUCUUUCUUUCUGUAAACAAAGGUCCUUUUGUGGGUAUAUUAGGUGAACGAUAUGGGGCUCGAAAUGUGACAUUUGUUGGUGGACUGAUAGCAGCGAUUGGAAUUGCCCUGUGCGUGGUCGCUCCAAAUAUUAUCUGGCUGACUGUAUUUUGGGGCGGAAUACAUGGCAAGUAUUGGUUUUGCUUUAGCCAACACUCUCUACCGAGUGACCGUAAAUCAGUACUUCAAGAAGUAUCGUGCCACUGCUUCUGGCAUCGCAUUAUCGGGAGCCAGUUUUGGCAGUCUCGGCUUCCCUUUCUUAAUAGAUUUCAUCUUGAAUAAUUUCACUCUUCCUGGAACUUUUCUGAUCUUAGCUGGUAUAACUCUGCAUGUUUUGCCAUUCAGCCUUCUUUUGAAAACUCCAUUCUGGAUACAAUACCCCAAGAGGCAUAAGAGAUUAGUUGAAGCCCUCCAAAGGAAAAAGGAAAGGGAACGUCAACAGGAGUUGAUAGAUGUACAGGAAGAUGAAACAGAGAUGACAAGUGAGAUUAGUACGAUCCCAGCGUCUUUUCUCUCCGACGUUCCACUUGAAACCGUACAAUUUAAGUCUUUGAAAGAUCCGCAUCCACUGGAUCUGAGAAAAUUUAGAAGUUUUGGAAGCGGAUUGUCACAACACUUGGAUAACCAGGAUCCUGGUGAUGGUGAAAGCGAAGAGCAAAUUGAAGCCCUUCAAAGGAAAAAAGAAGAGGAACGUCAACAGGAGUUGAUAGAUGUACCAGAAGAUGAAACAGAGAUGACAAGUGAGAUCAGUACGAUCCCAGCGUCUUUUCUCUCCGACGUUCCACUUGAACCCGUACAACUUAAGUCUUUGAAAGAUCCACUGGAUCUGAGGAAAUUUUCAAGUUUUGGAAGCGGAUUGUCACGACACUUGGAUAACCAGGAUCCUGGUGGUGGCGAAAGCGAAGAGCAAAGUAGGCUCAAAGAACUAGAAGAAACUCUGGACUUGUUUCAUCAAGCGCCUGAUUCAGAUGACGGUAGCUCUUCGACCUCUUCAACUGAUCAUCAAGAAGGCGAAAUUAAUUCUUCCCAAUCUAGUGGCAAAACUGUGCUAACUUUCGCAACUGGUAUUAAAACUGUUUUCAUGCUUUACAAAUAUCCAAUGUACGUUGUGAUAUGCAUAGGAACCACACAGUUCCAACUUGUUCUAACUAUAGUGAUAGCAGUUCUAGUGGAUUAUGGAGUGGAUAAAGGUAUACCGGAAUUCAACGGAAAGUAUCUGAUAAAUUCUAUGGCCAUUGGAGAUUUGAUAGGGCGUCUAUGUUUUGGUUGGGUGACUGACAAUAAAUAUCUUCCCAAGCAAACUUUCAUGAUGGCAGUCCACAUUUUUGAAGGAGUAUUUUUGAUACUGUUUCCUUUGGCCAAUUCUUUCGCCUUUUACGUGACAAUUUUGUUCUUUUUCGGAAUGAUGCAGGGAAGUAGUAUGAUUUUGUUCUCUGUUUUGUUAUUUAAGAAAGUGAAAAAGACUUAUCAUUCCAAUUUUUACAUAUUUGGUUGCAGUUCAACAGUGAAAAAUUCUUAA